UAUCUCCCUUAUGUAAGAUGGAGCAUGACACGUAUUUGUUUUUGUUUACCCGCUCCCGUUAAUAAACAACACUUGUCGCAAGGUGAUAUUUUCAAGAAAUCAAAAUUACUUCUGAUGUAGAAGGUGGCACCUCAGAGCACAAUAUCAAAAUGUCUUCAGGAAACUGGCCUUACAUCCUCAACCUAGGAAACAGCAUCAUUGGGGUGGCUGUCCUAGCAAUGCCCUUCUGCUUCAAACAGUGUGGCAUUGUUCUUGGUAUUGUUCUGCUGCUUUUCUGUACCUGGCUGACCCUGGUGUCAUGUCAGCUUCUCAUGAAGGCUGCAGCCGUCAGCAGGAAGAGGUCGUAUGAGUUUCUAGCAUACUACACUUUCGGUGCUGCCGGCAAGUUUGUCAUUGAAGUCGGCAUGAUAGGGCUGCAGAUCGGGACACUCAUUGCGCAGAUCGUGGUCAUUGGGGACCUGGGGCCAGCCAUUGUGUCCAAGGUGUUGGGGGUGGAGAACACACCCCACCUGCGCACAUACCUCAUUGUGUUCCUGUGUCUGUGCGUGGGGUUGCCUCUCGGACUGCUCAAAGACCUCCGCAGCGUCAGCAAUGCCAGCACCAUCUGCAUCUGCUUCUACACCGUCUUUGUCUUCUAUGUGUUGACCCUGUCCAAACCCAACUUGUGGUCUGGAGAGUGGUAUUCUUCAGUGCGGUUCUGGAGGCCUCAGGGACUUUUCCAAACUCUUCCAAUAUUCUCCUUCUCUUUCGGGUGUCAGACUCAACUGUUCCUCCUGUAUGACUCCCUGCCGGAACCAACACUCAAAUCAAUCAAUGGUGUCACCAGCAGCGCUGUCAACCUCUGUGCCGUGGCCUAUUUAUUGGUUGGAUUCUUUGGUUACAUUGCCUUCUACGACAAAGACAUCGGCGGUGACAUCAUCACUCUGUUCCCUGCCACAUUCGCGGCAGACAUGAUGAAGCUGCUGUUUGUGGUCUCCAUUGCCGUCACCUUCCCCCUCAUCAUCUUCCCCUGCAGAGCCAGCCUCUACACGCUGCUCUUUCCCCAGCAGAAACAAAAGUCCUAUGAAGACAUUCAGGAGGAGAACCGCAUGCCGGAAAUCCAUUUCAAGUUCAUCACCGUCACCAUCGUCAUCUGCUCCAUGAUCACUGGCAUCCUUGUGCCCAAUGUUGAGUUUAUCCUUGGGAUGAAUGGUGCCACGAUGGGUACACUGAUCUGCUACAUCUUCCCAGCUCUCUUCUUUGUCCGCGUCAUGGCAAACAAGGCCGAGGGUAAACACAUAGCACAGCUGGUGAUGCUGCUGGGUAUCACAAUCCUGUUGGUCAGCACCUUCGCCACGCUGUACACCCAGGACAAGGGCCACACCCAUCCUGUCGCCCCAAAAGUGCCCGAGGACCUUGCUGCCAACCUGGAGAACCCUGUCCUGAACAAGCCUGUCGACCUGCCGCCUGGGGAUGCUGACAGUAAGAAUGAGAAAAGAGUUGAGCCUCCGGUACCUGAUGCUCCUAUAGAAAGUGUUGACAAGAAAGAAGAGAAGCCCAAGGAAAAGAAGUCCGAGGAACUGCCAAAAAAAGAUGGCCUUGGUGAUGCUAAAGUUCCUGACAAGGAUGGACCGGUUGAGGGCAAGGGGAAGGAGAUGGGCCGGGAGAAGAAGGACCUGAGUCAGGAGGUCAAGGCAGCAGGCGGGAAGGAUGCUGCUGCUGCUGUGGAGAAGAAGGGGGAGGAAGUCAAGGUCAAGGUCAAGGAGGAGGUGCUGAAGGAGAGGGAGAAGAAGAUCGAGGAGAACGAGCAGAAGCAGCAGGUGUUGCUGGAGCGGCUGGUGGAGCAGCAGGAGGAACAGAAGGAGCUGAUCAAGGAGCAGAAGCAGAUCCUGCAGGAGCUCAAGGAGCACAAGGACAAGGAGCACAAGGAUACUGAUGGUGCAGAUCAGGAAGGACAAGAUGUCAAUGAUCCUGCUCAGGGUGCACAGCAACCAUUUCCGGAUGGACAAGGAAUACAGGGCGCACAGCAACCAGUUCAAGGUGGACAAGACUUGCAGCAACCAGUUCAGGGUGGACAAGGCUUACAGCAACCAGUUCAGGGUGGACAAGGCUUACAGCAACCAGUUCAGGGUGGACAAGCAGGACAGCAACCAGUUCAGGGUGGACAAGCAGGACAGCAACCAGUUCAGGGUGGACAAGCAGUACAGCAACCAGUUCAGGUUGGACAAGCAGGACAACAACCAGUUCAGGGUGGACAAGGCUUACAGCAACCAGUUCAGGGUGGACAAGUAGUACAGCAGCCAGUUCAGGUUGGACAAGCAGGACAGCAACCAGUUCAGGGUGGACAAGCAGGACAGCAACCAGUUCAGGGUGGACAAGGCUUACAGCAACCAGUUCAGGUUGGACAAGCAGGACAACAACCAGUUCAGGGUGGACAAGGCUUACAGCAACCAGUUCAGGUUGGACAAGCAGGACAACAACCAGUUCAGGGUGGACAAGGCUUUCAGCAACCAGUUCAGGGUGGUCAAGGCUUACAGCAACCAGUUCAGGGUGGACAAGUAGUACAGCAACCAGUUCAGGGUGGACAAGCAGGACAACAACCAGUUCAGGGUGGACAAGGCUUACAGCAACCAGUUCAGGGUGGACAAGCAGGACAACAACCAGCUUUACAGCCAGCGAAAAACAUCCAACAAAGUGUAAAACAAGUUGUAAAGCAGCCAUUGCAAGGUAAACAGCUACAGGGACAACAGCUGGCUCAAAACAACCUUGGCAUAGAAGGCCAGCAAGGUCAAGGUCAGCAGGCACCAGGGAACAUCCAGUCACAAGGACAGCAGGCUAAGGUCAAGGUCAAGCAGGUUGCUGGGCAACAGGGCGAUGUGGUCGUGCCUGUCCAGAACCUGAACAAUGUUGGAGAUGCUAAGAACGUCCCUGUUAACCAGGGUCUGGUGAAUGAUGGCAUCCUCAAGAGGAACAAGCGAGAGGUAGAUCCGUCUGUGGACAAAAUUCUCAAAGAAGUGGAAACCCUUGAUGGUCGAAGAUUGGACAAGAGGGAAGUGAUGAAUGAAGCGCUAGCCGACAGACUGGUGGCCAUCAACAAGGUGUCCAAGAGACGAUAGUGAUUUACCAAACACUUGUCAGCUGAUACUACUUACAGAGAUUGUCAUACCCCUGACCUCAGCAUGUUCUCAUCUCAGAGGUCACUGCUAGGUACUCAGUGUUUCUUCUGUCAUGACAUUAGUCUGUAUUUACUAGUAGGAAACUUUAAGGAAACAGGAAUCAUUUACUUCUUGGUCUUGGAUGUUAGAACUUCAAAAAGAAUGAAUCCCUAGAGGGCUUGAGUUGAGUACCAGAGUGACAUCUUUGAGGAAAUUAUUAAUGCAGGGACGUAUGAACAAAUUGAUAGAAGAUCAGAUCCGUAAACAGUGCAGUUGUCAGUGAGAAAUGUUUUCAUCAGUAUUUUUCAGUGUUGUGAAAGGUGUUUUUGAAGUACUUGGAAGUGAUUAACCACACUUACAAAUGUAUGUAACAUGACAUGAUGAUGCCUGCUAACCAUCUUCAUAAUUUGUCAACACAAUUUAUCAAUACAAAACAUUCCAAGGAUGUUGAAACAUAGGUUAAUAGGGAUGUUUGAAUUUGGGUAGUUUUGUCACAACAGGGACAUCAAAGUUUGAAUAUUAAUCAUGUUGUGAUUGUGGCAUCGUAUAUUUAGGACAAAUUAGGACAAAAACAUACCCGUCUUUGAAAAAUAUUUUGGAAAUUGAGUCCUUGAUUAGGUCAUGUCCUCUUAGCAAAGUUUUGCUCCGCUCAUGCAAGGCAGACUAUAUAUAUAUUGCAAAUAGGUUUCAUCGUAUGGCAAAGGAAGACAUCCACCAAAUACUGUCAAUUUCCAGACAUUGCCUCUUGCGAUAGCGAUAGAAUAAAAAACAGUACAAUUCUUGUUUUCUUGCCAUCAGAGCAAUGCUUUGUUUCAGUGAAUAUUUAUCAACAUAGAUGAAAUUGUAUGUAUAAUUACAGGGCAAGGGCAGUUUAUUUACUAUUAUCAAUUGGCAAGGGUACUAUUUAUAAUUAUUAAUGGGUAAGGGAGAUUUCUGUGUCAACCCUGUGAUUCUGGCUAAACAGUUUUCAGUAUUGUACUACAAUCUAUUCGUAUCAUGUCUAAGUAUGAGCACCUGUUGUAUCCGAUUCAUGGUUUGUUAGAAAGGGUCGACGUUGAUCUGAUCUGUUUGUUACCUCCAUGGUGAUGCUACUCAUGACAAGUAAGCUUACUGAAUCUUCAUUGUAGUCGGUGUAUAUUUGUAAUGUAAAUAUGUUCAGUUUGUCCAUCUCAUGUGUGUGAAGAUCUAUGAAAGGUCUUAGUGUUAUAUUUGAUAUUGAAUGUAGACAUUGUUGCAAAUGGGAGCAAUAUCAUCAACUUAUUUUAUGCCAUUAUUAGGAAAAGUACUUGGAAUACAAACUUCAAGAAAGCCUCCGUUCUCUCAUGGUGGAUAUAAUCAUUUCACCUUUUAGCUGUUUCAAAUUUCUAAAGAUAUGAAUAAUUUCAUUUAAUAAGUUCAAUUGUUUUUCAUAGAUGAAUAUUUUGUGUCAUUUUCCAUCUCCACACCUCUUUCAGGAAAUUGUUUGUCAAGGAAUAAUAGAAUAAGUGUGGCAAAUCGAUGUCAUUUCUGGUGAGCAUCGGGCAGAGGAAAUCACAAUGCAUUUGAUGUUAAUAAUGAAUCCGUUCUUGCAACAGUGAGGAAAUUCAGUCGAAAUGCUUAUAACGAACUACAGUUAUAAUGACCUAAAAUUAGUGUUCCUUUGAGUUCGUUACAACCGUAGUUUACUGUGGAUGAAUGUGGAUGAAUGUGGGUGGGUUUUAAGAAAAAUACCCCCAAUUGUUGAUGAUACAGAGGAACCUAGUUUGUCCGGACACAGUUAAUACGUUAAUACCGAAACUACACCUUCAAGGAAAUCACUACCAGUAACGUCUGGUCAUGGUUAGAGUGAUUAAUUCACACAAUUUCAAGCAUUAUAAUACAGUCCGAACAAACAGGGUUUCAGAUAUUUUUGCACAUAUUUCCUAUCGUAUCAUUUCUCCUACAACUUACAAUGUACUUGUAUGUAUAUACUGUACAUGAACCUGCCUACAGUCCCUCACUGUCUUGUACACUUGUGUAAAUAGCUGUCCAUGUGCUGUCCAUGUGCUGUGUUUCACAAAUGUACAUAGUAAUCAAAGUGUUCAAAAUAGUCACCUGCCACUUCACAAGCAGGAACUUUUUAAAACAUGUUCUGAAAAUUUCCCCUUUUCCCCAUAACAGGAAUAGUAGUCGCUGUCAACACUGGUACUGUAAGUCAUGACCUUCUACACUGCAGUAUCGUAGAAAAAGAUGUCAUAAAGUUAAUUACAAUUUUGUUAGUCAGGGCACCAUUUUACCAGUUUGUACAAAUAUGUAUCAUCUGAGCUGACUUCACAUACAUGGUAAACAAUAGGGCUGUAACGAAUACACUAUGACGCGAAUACAAUUCAUAUCACGAAUAUAGGGUAACGAAUACGAAUAUUAAUUUACGAAUACAACAAGAAGUCAACAGUUGAUGUAUUAUUGUUAUAUUCAGUGAAAUAAUAACAACAUAAAUUAUUUGACUUGGUUUGUUAAUAAUUAAUAUAAUAUACAUUUAUAUACUCCACUUAUCCAGGUGCUAGUAUCUGCUCAAAUGACAAUGACCAGUGACCACAAUACUGUCAUAUUAUAUAUUAUAAGAGUGUUGUCUUUGGAGAAAUCUAUGCAAAUAUGUUCUUAAAGAUAUUUUUAGGUACAGGGUAUGUAAAUGUACAUGAUUGCAUAUUCAUAAAUAUUCGAUUCUAGUGGCCACGAAUAACAAAUUCAAUUCAUGAAUGGAUAUGGUUUGAUUCACCAAAUACGAGAGUAAAUCGUAACAGCCCUAUUAAACAAUGCCCAUUGACUUCAUAGUUAAACAUGAAAGUGUUUUCAAGGUAGGUGUGAAGUGUUGGACACUUUACUAAUAUUACUGACAUCUUCAGUGUUAGAACCGGACAACAUCCAAGCCAACUGGAAGAAGGCGUCCUGCAACCCUACAUUCACAUGCUUGUCAUGGCUUUGAUGUGGUGGUACUAUGGGCCGGUGGGAAUAAACCUGAAUCGCAAGUAGCAUGGGCUUGUUGAACACGAUGGCUAAAAAGUGAUUAUGGUCUGGUGUAAUUUGUGAAUAUAUUUCUAUUUGCACAGUUUUAGCCAGUAAUGCAGUAUUUUAAUAGCUUUACAUCAUGUGACUUUCAUGUUCAAAGCUGCUAUUUUCAACUCUGUCAAGGUAGACAAGGUAAACAAAGACAAAGUAAACAAUACUGAAACUUUAUUUUGUGAAGUAUGGUCCUAUAUAAAAAUGCAAUAUAUUUUCUUAUCUUUAUUCAAUGACUCAAUAAAAUUCAAUGUGA